CGCGACAGUGUCCUUAGAAGACUCAUUGGGCCAGGGGCGAAGCCAGCCACCUAGCGAGCCCCACCGCCAUUGGUGGACGGUCACGCCCGUCAAGGCGGCGCGCCCUGCCACUGGGCAUCCUCGCCGCGCUCCCGCCCCGCCGCCUCCUCCCUCGCGGCUCUCCCCGGCCCCCUACCCCGCCCGCCCCGCCGCUUCUUCCCGGUCCAGCUGGGCGGGGACUGCCCUAGGACUCUUUAAAGUCUGUGAGUCACUGCACAACCCAUCAAUCCAAUUAAAUGUCUUGAGCGAGCCGAGCGGGCGGUGCUCCCCGCCGCCGGCCGCCCCUGCUCUCGGCGCCCCGCUAUCCAUGGCUGGCUGGCUGUACUCCUCCCGGUGCGCCCUCCUCCCGCAUCUCGCCAGCCACGGCAACUUCCCCUCAGCCAGCCUCUGCCCCCAGGCCGCCGCGGCAUGGGCUAGACCCCGGGCCGCUUCUUGCCGUCUCCCGUCCAGCCCGCGCGCGGUCUCGCCCCUUUAGCUCUCCUCGCCCGUCCCCGCCGGUCCCCCGACAGUCAGUCCAUCACCCGGUCGGCUUUCCUCCGCGGGGCAGCGGUGGAGUCCCCGCGGGCUCGGUAGGAGCGGGCGCCCCCAUCCCGCUCCUCCUCCCGCUCCUCCGCGCUCCCACCCGUCGGGCUCCCGGUCCCGCACCGAGGGACGCUCCGACCGACGCCCGCUCGCCGCGCCGUACGACCCGCCCGGGAGCUGGACCCGGCGCCCACUUCUUCGCGGAAGAUAUAUGUUGGGCAAAGGAGGAAAACGGAAGUUUGAUGAGCAUGAAGAUGGGCUGGAAGGCAAAAUCGUGCCCCCCUCUGAUGGUCCAUCCAGGGUGUCUUACACCUUACAGCGUCAGACUGUCUUCAACAUUUCCCUUAUGAAACUCUAUAACCACAGGCCUCUGACGGAGCCCAGCUUGCAGAAGACUGUCUUAAUUAACAACAUGUUGAGGCGGAUCCAGGAGGAACUCAAGCAGGAAGGCAGCCUGAGGCCUGCAUUCACCCCCACUCCCCAGCCCAGCGACUCGCUGGGCGACAGCUACAGGGAGGCCCCACCUGCCUUCACCCACCUGGCCUCGCCUCCUGCUCACCCCUGUGACCUAGGAAGCACUACACCGUUGGAGGCCUGCCUCACCCCCGCCUCUCUGCUAGAGGAUGACGAUGACACUUUCUGCACUUUGCAGGCUGCACAGCCUGCAGCUCCCACCAGACUCUCUUCUCCAGCCCUCCCACCCGAAAAGGACAGCUUCUCCUCUGCCUUGGAUGAGAUCGAGGAGCUCUGUCCCACAUCUACCUCCACAGAGGCUGCCGUGGCGUCAGUGGCGCCUGACAGCCCAAAAGGAACCUCCAGUGAGUCCAGCAUCCAGAAACCGGAGGGGCCCCAGGAAGGCCGCACAGAUGACUCAAGAUUCAUGGACUCUCUGCCUGGGAACUUUGAAAUAACAACGUCCACAGGUUUCCUGACAGACUUGACCCUGGACGACAUCUUGUUUGCUGACAUUGACACAUCCAUGUAUGACUUUGACCCCUGCACGCCUACGUCAGGGACAGCCUCGAAAAUGGCCCCCGUGUCUGCUGAUGACCUCCUCAAGACCCUGGCCCCCUACAGCAGUCAGCCCGUUGCCCCAAGUCAGCCUUUCAAAAUGGAUCUCACAGAGCUCGACCACAUCAUGGAGGUGCUUGUCGGGUCCUAAGACUGCCUAAGCAGGUCCCGCAAGCAUCCCCCACCCUGACAGUUUGUCCUCACUGUGCAUGGAACCCUGCUUGCCUUUUUCAGAGAAAAAGAAAGUUUUCCAAAAGGA